AUGGCGAUUGAAGUAUGUUGGCAGCACACUAUGUGGGAAACUUGUGUAGUCAGGCUGUUCUAUACUAAGCGUGUGCACUUCAGUUUCAAGGCUUGGCCAGCUGGCACCUUCAAGAAAAUAACCCAGAGUUUUGAUAAAAGGAAAAGGAGACGGAGCGGGGCGGCCGCCGGUCCCAAGUCGGAGCGCAGUGGCCGGACGUCCCGUCCCGUCCCUACCUUGCCUCGGCCUCCGUCCGCCUCCUCCCCGCAGGCGCUUCCCCCGUACAAUGCCCCGGCCCCAGCGGCCUCCAACCAGGAAGCGCCCCGGUGUGUGACACCUACUCCCUGCAACUAUGGAAACCCCACUCCCACCCCGCCUGCGGCCACAGCGCCGCCCCAUAGGGCGAGCCCGCGGCCGCCGCCAUCUUGGGCUCACAACGAGGCUGAGGGGGACCGACUGUCGCCCCACAGGGCGAGCCCGCGGCCGCCGCCAUCUUGGGCUCACAACGAGGCUGAGGGGGACCGACUGUCGCCCCACAGGGCGAGCCCGCGGCCGCCGCCAUCUUGGGCUCACAACGAGGCUGAGGGGGACCGACUGUCGCCCCACAGGGCGAGCCCGCGGCCGCCGCCAUCUUGGGCUCACGACGAAGCUGAGGGGCCCAGGUGCUGGCCUGUGUGGUUCUCCCUCGGUGCAAAGGGAAGGCUGCCCCUUGCUGGAGUCAGACACUUCUGGUUGUGUUCAUUUGAGUUGUACAAGACUCCUGCCCCUACGUCUCCAGAAAGCAUUAAUCAAGCCCCCACAAUCAGAUCUUUAAAAAAAAAAAGGGUGACAUUUAAAAAGAAUUAAUACCUUUGAAAUGCUUUUUAUUAUUUUGUUUCUGAAGUUUAAAAAGCACCUGAUGGAGCUUUUCUCCACCCCCAGGAAGAUCAGAAAUGUACUUGUUAAAAAAAAAAAAAAAAAAAAGAAAGAAAA